UUGAUUUAACAAACAGUGUGUGUGUGUGCGUGCGUGUAUGGAGAAGAGAGUUAUGUCAAUGUCAAUUGUCUUCCUCUGCUGCUUGUUCUUGUUCUUCUUCUCAACCUCUGGGGCUCUCUGGGUCACCGUACCACCUUUCAGCACCAAGUGCGUUUCCGAAGAAAUCCACAACAACGUCGUCGUUUUGGGCGAUUACGCUGUCGUCGACACUGGGAAUGAUCAUUCCAACAACUCCACCAUUUCCGUCAAGGUCACAUCACCGUACGGAAACAAUCUUCAUCAUAUGGAGAACAUAUCAAUUGGUAAUUUCGCCUUCACAACUCGAGAGAGUGGAAACUACCUAGCAUGCUUCUGGGUGGGUCAUAGUGAACGAGCUGGUGGAGACGUUAGUGUGAACCUUGAUUGGAAAACUGGAAUUGCAGCCAAGGAUUGGGAUUCAGUUGCUAAAAAAGAAAAGAUUGAGGGAGUAGAGCUUCAGUUGAGAAAGCUAGAAGGAUCAGUUGAGGCUGUCCACGAGAAUUUGAUCUAUCUGAGGGGCAGGGAAGCAGUGGUAAGGAACGUGAGUGAAUCAACCAAUGCCAGAGUGGUGUGGUCUAGUUUUAUGUCCUUGGGUGUGUGCAUUGCAGUUUCAGUUCUGCAGUUGUGGCAUUUGAAGCGAUACUUCCACAAGAAAAAGCUUAUCUAGAUGGUGCUAGUGUUGAUUUAAUUUUAAAGUAGGAAUUUUAUAACUUAGGCAUUUUUAUGAGCUUUGCGUUCUUAGUAAGGAAUUAUAUUUGGAUUCAUAAAGAUAAUUUUAUUCCAAAGCAUUCGUU